GAAUAUAUAAAAGGACAUUGCACAUCGAGUCGAUCCAUAGUGAAAUCAACCUCAAUAACGAGUAGCACGUCAUUUUUGUCGAGCAGAAAAGUGUUAAUUGAUAGAACCAACAAUUAUGAUUAAGUUAAUAUUCUUCCUCGUGUGCUUUGUUGCACUCUGUUCAAGUGCGGUCAUCAAUUCAGCUAUACCUGUGCCGGAAGUCGAUCAAGACAAUGAUCAAGUGGAAAUCGAAGAACUUGAAUCCGAUGACUUGAGCACAGCCGAAUCGGCCAAUCCACAAUAUUUGGUUAUUGGAUUCGGAUCGCCAGGGUACGGGUACGGAGGCUAUGGCGGCGGAUACGGCUAUGGCGGCGGAUAUGGCUAUGGUGGUGGAAGAGGUUAUCAUCACCAUCGACACCACCAUCAUCAUCGAAACCACGAUUAUGGUUAUGGGGGAUAUGGCCGUGGAUAUGGAUACUACUAAAAAAAACCUAAUUGAUAUUAAAGGAUGCCUUCCUGUUUUCAAAAACGAAAAAAAAACACAAAUUUUCUAAUCUGAAUUUUGUGUCGUUUAUUUUGUAUUCAAAUCGAAAUUGAUAUGAUAAUAAAGAUAUAGCGUGCUGAAUGAAAUAUUUAUGUUGUGGUUAA